UACAAGGUAAAUAUGCUUUUCAAAAACUUAAAUUUCAUUUUUUGUUAGUAAAAAAAUUCAACUUCUUCGCUGAAGAUCAUUUUAUCCUUAUUAACAUAUGAGUUUUUUUUAUGGCUAACUCAUCUCUUUUCAAUUUGUAAAGAAAAAAGUUAACAAAUAUGAAUGCCAAUGUCAAAAUGGUAAAUUUUCUUUUUUUCUUGAUGACUUUUUUAUUCAUCAUAAACAAUUUUGAUAAAAACGUACCAAAAUUUACAAUUCUUCAAAAAUGCUGCGACAAUAAAUCAUGGAAUUUUUAUAAUAAAAAUAAUCUAUCUUUGGCCAUUGAAAAUAAAGUUAUUAAUCACCACGUGGAUUUUUCAACACAGAAAAUUUCAUUCUAUAAUUUUGCAAACAUCUCAAAAGUAGACGAUUUGGUAUUAAAGGUCUUUUGGCAUACAACAGAUGCUCUGAUUAUUGUUCCACUUUUAACAAACUUUAUAAGUUCGGGAAUAAUUAUCGGCAGUGAAUUUUCGACAGAUUUUCUUCGACAAGAUCUAGAUGAACCUUAUGUUUGGAGAUUAAAGAAGGCUGUGUAUAGUUUAGCAAUACGACAGUAUAAUUCAUUUCAACCCUUUCGAAAGAAGCAAAUGAUGAUAUUGUACUGCGUCCAUUUAAAAAACGUUCAUAAAAUUAUUCGAAUUAGCAGAUAUAAAACAAUAUCAAUUAAUGGAUUUCUUUAUUGCAAUGAAGACAGCAGUGAAUGGGAUUAUCUUUAUGAAACCUCAUCUAAAAUAAAUAAAUUUCAAGAGCCCAUCUCUAUUACUUAUUAUAAACUAAUAUUAAACAAACCAUAUUUAGCAAUUCAUGUGAAAAACAUUGUUGCAAAUUCCAAGUUUUAUAUAAUUAUUCCAAAAACUAAAUUCAUAUUUAUUGAGGAAAAAUUUAAUUUGAUUGAUCAAAGUAAUAUAAAUUUUGUAAUUCUGAAGUUUCGUGUUCAAACAGUAGAAGGUGAAUGGCUUUCCAAAGUAGCAAAUGAAGCUUCUUAUUAUGAAGAUAAAAUUAAUGGUGAAACUAUGUCUAAGCCUUAUGAGCGAUUGUAUUGCAAAAAUUAAAUGUAAAUUACUGGGCAUAUGUACUUUUUUGCCUAAAUUAUAUUGUUUCUGACAUUAUUAAAAAUAUAAAAACCAUUUAUUCUUGAUCAUUUUGCCCUUCUUUACUAUACCAAUCGAUUCAAAAAUUCACAGUUUAUAGUAUAUAAGGGAUACUUUAUUACAUAAAUGCUGUCCUUCCAGUUUGACAAUAUUUUAAAAAUUCGUGACACUUCUAUAAUAAUUUUAUUACACUAUAACGUAUGCUAUAGCCAAUGUAUAUGAACUAAUAAAAUUAUUAUAGAAGUUUUACGAUUUUUCAAAAUGUAGUAGUAAAAUAAAAUAAUAAUACGAAUAAUGCAAGAAUCAGUAAAGCAAUAGCAAUUUAAGUAUCAAAAAUUAGAUUAAACAAAUCACGAAUAAAUGCAAAGUUAAAAUUCAAUAUAAUUGUUGUACUAACUGAUUUCCUGGUAAAUAAUGCAUCGUAGAAAAAUUUUAAGGAAUUCAGAUUUCAAAACUACCGAUUAUUAAUUUAUUGACAAAAUGCUCAGAGAUUAAAAUAUGGCUAUGAAGGUCGAAAAUAUAAGAUUCACAUUUAAUUAAAUUACACUUUUUUAACAAUAGGUUUGACUCUGAAGGAAACAACCUUCAAUUAAUUAAUUAUUGAUUAGGACUAAAUGGCCGACGAGUUAUUUUCGAAGGCGUCGCUAAACAGCGGUGUUAUUCAGAUUAAUGGAGGAAACAACAUUAAGACGCUGUUUUUUAACCGUUUUUUGGGAUUUUUUUUAAAAGGGAUAAAUUUUUUUAAAUGAAUUGCAAUAAUAAUCAAUAUAAUAUAAUAUUCGUGAUCGAUGAACGAUACGCGGCAAUCGGUAAAGCAUAUCCCGGGAAAACUAUCCAAUGUUAAAUUAAUUCACGUUAAAAGUCCACAGGAAAAUAGCUGCCAGAAGUAUUAUUAGAGAUUGUCAACAAAACAGCGAUUUCAUCUUCCUGGUUGCAUAUAGUAUGCUUGGCAACCGAAAAAUAGAAAGGAAUUUUUUUUCCACCUUUCAUUGACCACCCUGUAGACUGUCGCUAUAACAAGUUGGACAAUUAAUUCACAAAUGGCGUAAAGAACAAUAAAUUGCUUUUUUCUGUUAAAUUCAUUAAUCACAAUAAUUUUCAUUUCAUAUCACAUUAAAUACACCAAAAUUGGUAAAAAUUGAUUAUCCACUCUCUAUGAAAAGAACUUAAUAGAAUAUCAGAGAGAAGCCUAAUAAGUUCUUUUCAUAAAAGAGAUUUGUGAAUUUUUGGGGAAAAGUACUAGCUAAAAUUAUUAUCUACUAUUAUAUUGAAUUUUUUGCCGUUAGGAAGUUGAAACUGACAUUAAAUAACAAAAGCCGACUGGUGGAAUAUAACCCCUGGAGGGUGAAAGACUCAUCGAUCAAGAGAAGGGUGGGGGGGGGAGAUCAGCUUUCUCAGGGCAGUCCCAAAUCGACGCCCCGGAAGCCAAUCUCAUGAAUCCGCUCCUGAAAUGGCAUAUAGUUAUUUAAUUGCACGAGGCUCCGAGUGGCCUCUAGUGCCUUAUGCUAAUGGCUUAGAAUUUAUGCUUUUGACACUAAAGAGCUGUGCCUCCAUUUGCAUCCAAAAAGACAGUGAAAUACAAUUUACAAACUGAAAUUAACUGGAGGAUAUUAAUCAUAUUUCUAAUUCUCUACAUAUACAUAUAUACCAUAAAAUAUAUAUAUAUAUAAUAUUUUAUAAAUGGACUGUCACUUUCCUGUAAAUGUAACUACUCCACAAUAGUUUCCCUUUUACCGCUUCUUUUUCUGAAACGUACUAAUGAAAAGUUUUAAUGAGUAAUGUUUUGUGAUAUUUUAGUGACAACAUUUAUGUUACGAGUUUAAUUUUAAUUUUGUUAUAUAACAAACAAAUAUAAAAAUUCCCAUACAGAGUCUAAAACAAAGAAAUGCAGAAAAGUACAAUUUAUAAUUAGUUAUAAAUGAGCUUGUACAGCAGUAUUUAUUUACGAAACUUUUUUUUGUUUUUUAAGAAAAUUUUGGCGCAGCUAAUAC